AUGAAUCCUGCAAUUCUUCUUUUUACCAUACUCUUUCUAUUACCCACAUUAAUUCAGUCUUGUGGAUUCGGAGGCUUCGGAGGAUACGGUCUUGGUCUAGGCCUGGGCUGUGGCGGAGGAUACGGAGGCUUUUUUGGAGGAAGUUAUGGUUUAGGUUACGGUGGCUACGGUGGUGGUUUUGGUGGAUAUGGAAUGGGUGGAUACGGUCUCGGUUACGGUGGAUACGGAAUGUUCGGUGGAGGAUACGGGGGAUGUGGUUACUCGAUGAUGGGCGGAUGUUUUGGAAAGAAGAAGAAGUAG